AUGGACAACGUGCAACCAGCUGUCCUUCUCGACGUGCCGGUGACCGAUGCUGAACGUGCUCGGGCCAGACAACGGCGACAUGACCAUGAACGCUCUGCCGUUCAGUUGCCCGAACCACGAUCGAGAUUUCAGAAUCAGCAGACACCUCUGCGAUUUCCCUCAAUACAUACCGCGCCAGGGAUCCGGCAACCGCCCCCAAGCAUCUCGCAGAGAAUUGAAGGCCGCCAAUAUGUCCCGAUAUCUCCCAUCGACGAAGAAGACGAGCCCAACUCCAUCCCUCUCCGCGAACCCUCAGAACGCCAGGCAGACUUGGCGUAUCUGCUUCCCUCCCCGGAACCGAUACCACAGCUCUGGACCCCUAUCUGGCUAACGAAAUGGGUGCUGGCUCUUUUUGCCCUCGUCUUCGCCGGGCUCUUGAUCGGCCUAGUUCUUCUUUGGCAUUAUGACGACCGCAAUCAUGGUUUUCGAGUGGAUGAAGCUACAAGCCAUCUUGCUUGGGCGUAUGCUCCCACCGUCAUCGUCGUCGUCGUCGUAGCUGCUUGGAGGAUGGUCGAUUUCCAUUCGAAGCUGGCUAUGCCAUUCGACAGCCUCCAGAACGGUCCCAUCAAACCAUCAGAGAGUCUUUUCGUCGACUACAUCUCCAAAUUUCAACUUGUGUCACUUUUGGAAGCGUUUGAAAACAGUCACUUUGCCGUCAUCUGCACCAUUACUGGGUUCAUCUUAUUGAAAGUUGCGACUGUUUUUGCAACAGGCUUGCUUGUUCUCCUUCCAUCUCACGUCCCCCUUGCAGGCAGUUCCGUGCUUUCCAGAGGGUUUAGUGCCGAUAGUUUCGACCCAAGCAUUGCUCUCAAUACAUCAACUCUGUCGGCUUCACCCGUGUAUGCAUAUUAUGGAACAAAGGCGCAUGGGAUGCCUUUGGAGAAUGGUGUUAGGUUCGACCUGGCCUAUGCAGUGAUGACAGUCAAUUCCACUUCUCCGAUCAGCGCUGGUUCCGUCAUAUGGGGCGCCGUAGACGCCUUUAUACCAACAAUGACCUGCCAGAGGUUGGACGUCAAGCUCGACACGCCGACCAUUGUGGACGACUCCAAUGCCGCCGACACUUUCGCCACUUCAAGCAACAUUUCUUUCACCAUCCAAGCAGGCGACAUUUGUGACCAGUCCACAUCUCUCAGCGUUGCUGCGGGCAAUCCAUACACCGAGAUACUUCCCAGCCACCAGGUCAACGGUACCGUACAAGAGGUUUAUUGCGGGUCUAUCCACAGCGGUGAAUCAGACUCGAAAGAACCUCUAGGGCUGCUGUUCACCAUUACCGAUAUUCAUUACCAGCAGACACUGUUCGACAAUGCCACUGGUCUGGCAGGAGGUGCUUUCACAAUUGCAAGUAAUGUCUCCAGAACCCUGACCAACAUGACAAAUGUCUUCUGUGAAGCUUCAUACACCAUGACGAAAGUCAACGUCAUCAAUGAUACUCGCAUAGCGGACAGCAAUCAGGCGAUAUCAGUUACAUUAAGUGAAGGUGCCACCAACGGCACAUUGCCACCGUUUUCCCAAUGGAAUGCUACCAAUGUCUUCCGACAAUCAUCCAUAUCUGCCGAGGCGCUGUUUGGAGACACCAUCAACGACGACACUAGAUCCGAUUCCGAGGCCAUGUUCACCCUUAUGACUCUGACGCAUGGCUCUCAAGCCAUCGACUCACUGAUGCAGGCGGACAAGUUGGUCUCGGCCGCGCGAGAUACCUAUACAGGCAUCCUAUCGCAAUACGCGCACCAAGUACUAAGGGCCAACAGCAACAGUGUUGUGGAAGGGGGAAGUGUGACCAGCAAAGAACGAAGAUUGCGUGUCAACGACGUUUCGUUAUGGACAAUGGCUUCUGUCUUUGGUUUGCUUAUCUUCUUCUGCAUUGCUUUGAUCUUCGUCGCUCCAAGGGCUGUUGUUCCCCGAAAUCCAAGUUCGAUUGCCACGGUUGCCACGAUUCUCACAAGAAGCACGGAACUCAACAGACUUCUUCGACGACAGGGUAUCCCGAGCCAGGCAAAUCAAAAAUCCGCCCUGGCGAAUUACGAGUUCGGUACGGCUAUUGCAACUACAGAUUCGGGAAAGACUAGUUUCAAGAUUGUCACUUCUGAAGGAGAGUCAGGCAAACGAGAGAAGGAGCCAAACAUGGAUCUGAAAUGGUGGCUGCCUAUCACAACUAGUAUUCCUGUCACUAUUUUAACGCUAAUCCUGCCCUUGGUGAUUAUCGUGAUGUUGGAAAUCAUCCAGCGGUCCUCCGACACACACAAUGGUUUCUACGCCGUCACUGACACCAAAUGGACGGAGGUCUACAGCCACUAUGUUCCCAGUAUCGUCAUGCUGCUUCUCGCAACAUUAGCCAACAUGCUUGACUUCAACGUCGCUCUGUUUGGACCUUGGGCCAGCCUCGUCAGAGGCAACGCAACUAGCAGGAAUUCCGUCCUGAACCACAUUUUGGGCAGAUCGCCGCCAUCUGCAUUUUUACAGGCUUUCAGGACACGGUAUCCAGGCGCUCUUCUUAGCAUUACAGCAGCAAUGCUGGCAAGUAUCCUCACAGUAAUCGCCUCGGGACUCUUCUACGUGCAAACUUUUACGGUCGACGGGCCUGAUGUAUCUCUCAACCAACUUGACUCGUUCGACCUGAGAUGGCCAAAUAGCUUUGCCACGGACACUGGGGCGGCCGCUUUGGUGGAUCUUAUGAUGCAUCAGAAUAUCAGCUACCCUCAAUUCACGUAUGAAGAACUGGUCUUUCCGAAGCUUUCCUUGGACAACUCGGCCCUUCCAGCCGACACGGCCAGUACAGUCAACGCCCCCUGGAAGCACGUGUUCCCUGCUGUGCGCGGUAACCUGAGGUGUGAAGUCCUACCGGAGACUGCUUUCAACGUGACCACGGAAAAGGCAGGACCUGAUUCUGCAUAUGCGACGGAUCAAGCCUUCGUGGUGGCUACGGCAAUGCUGCCGGAUUCGUGCCUUCUUGGUGGAUACCAGGGAAAUGCCUCUUUCGUUACUUACGAGAAUAACUUUGAGCUCGCUGAAGACGGCCAGGGAACCUAUGCGGGCGCGCAGCUGGAUUUGCUGUUCGGGGAAAACGCGACACUCUACGGUAACUAUGGUGAGGCUCGGGGCCAGUACAUUGGCGACAAUCCUGCCGUAGGGUGCCCGAGUCUUGCCUUCACAUUUGGCCAUUUCAGGCUGAGCAGCACAGACAAAAGCCAGGUCACCACAAUGAUCUGCUAUCAGGAGCUCCAAAGUCUGGAUGUGCAUGUCACGUUGAAGCCAAAUAGUACUACAAUUGAUCCUGACCAUCCACCUGUGGUGAAAGACGGCAGUAUCGUCCUCCAUGACAACCCGGCGAGCACCACUGGCGCCAAAUCCUUCGACUUCCGCAUUCAAAAUAACCUGGCUCAAGAAAUGACCGGGUUCGACGGCAGCGGCACGCCAGUCUCUGACCCGUCAGGCAUCCAUCAAUUCGAUGCUUACUUCCAAGCCGUUCUCAACGGUACAGAGAAACAUGACCCGGCGUCUCUCGCGGGCGAGAACAACCAGGACGUCCUCGUCAACGCCGUCAACCAUUUCUACCGCGUCUACAUGGCCCAGGUGAUCUCGAUCAAUAUGCGCGUGCCCCUAGACAAGGGCAGCACCUCUUCUCAACUGCACCCGCGACAGGACUCCACGACGACUAGUACCAUCAGCACCACAAUUACAACAGCCCGCCUCGUGCAAGACAAAGACAGUAAGCUAACUUUGCAAAUACUUCUGGGCGUCAUGACGGCGCUGUCGGCGGCGUCCUGGCUUAGCACCAAAAUGCGGCGCGUCUUACCCUGCAACCCGUGCUCGCUGGCUGGGACCAUGUCGCUCCUGGCCGGCAGCGAUCUAUGCUACAGCGUCGACGAAGCCCUGUGCGAGUGCUGCGGCAAACUGCGGCGACGAUCGAUUGGCUCUGACAAUACCGCUGUCGGCACCCGUCUCGAAAGUAUACGCAUACCACUGGAUGAGAAUGACGGCCGUGGUGACGAUGAGCCCGACGAGAUGCAGCGCGCACAACUCAUCCCUGACGGGGCAGAGUGGAUGCCCCGGGCGCAGUUCGAGAUGGUGUUUGGCGGUAAGAGGUACAGCAUGGGCUGGUGGCGUGAACGGAAGUCGCUGGGCAAACGGCGCCGCUUCGGCGUAGACGUGGGCGCCAGGGCCGACGGCGCGGACGACCAAGAUUGGGAACUUGGUGAGCGCAGACCCCAAGGUACCGGGUUCGGUGAUUUCAUGAUGGUCCGGGGCGGUGACCGCGAUGGGCGCGGCGAGUAUUCCCGUUUCGGCCGGUCCAGAAAUCGAAGCAGAAGCAGAAGUUGGGGGAGGAGCAGGAGCAGGAGCGUGAACAGGAGUGUCGACGCCAGGCCCGAACCCUCUGCCAGAGAGGCGGAGUUUUCGAGGUAUACAGGGCCAGAGUCAGAGCCAGAUACAGCGAGGCCGUUUAUUGGGAUGAGUGGAAGAGGCGAGGGCGGAGGAGACCCCGGCCCGUCGACGUUAGCAAGACGACAGAACUCGCUUAUGGGUGGUGAAGCGUAG